CACAUCACGCGUGGAUGUGGGCUGGUUCAUCACCAGAACAUCCAGCAGCGUGACCGGUGGUCAUAAUGUUUUGCCUGAUCGGCGCAGGUUUAAGUUUCGUUUUCAGGGAAGCGAAGAAGAACGAAAGUAUCGCAGCUGAUGUUGACGGACCGGACACGGAACCCAGCUGAUCCACAGAACCCAGCUGAUGGUUUUCUGGUUCGGAACCUCCAACCGAACCGAACCGAUGUCCGUUCCGAACCCUGUGUGGAUAACCGAGCAGUUUGUGAGACUCAGCUGUUUUCUGGGUCUCAGGGAGUUCGAGAUGAGAGGCCUCAGUAACCACCGUCUGUCCUGCUGUGUCAACACUUUGCUGCAGACCCUCAACGCCACCUGGGAACUAGCAGACAUAUUAGAAAAGUGGAAACCCGCCGGUGGGAGAGCGGAAGAUAAUGUUCCCUUCCAGUUAAAGCGAGUCCUGAAGAUGAUGCAGGAAGAUCUUCCUCAUCCCGCUCCUCAUCAGGACUUCCUCCACUGCUUGGACCGAAACCGCAUCCGGCUGAGUACGCAGCACGACGCAGACGAAGUUUUCUUAUCCAUUCUGGAUUUCAUUCAGCUGCAAAUGGAUGAGCGAACUCUGGCUCUUGAAAUCCAGAGUUUGUAUAAGAUUUCAGUGGAAACACAGGUGCAAUGUUUGCAGUGUAACAACGUUCAAACGCGGAACAGUCACCUGCUCAGCCUGCCGCUACACAUAAAGGAAGACCGAAACUCUCUGAAGGACUGCAUGAUCUCCUUCUUCGAGCAGCAGGAGCUGCGGGGGAUUGACUGCUGCUUUUGUGCACAAUGUGAAGCCAAGACGCCAACCAAACAGGGUGUCAAGCUUUGCUCUCUGCCUCAAAUCUUGUGCAUACAAUUGAAACGCUUCAGAAAUAUACAUGGAUUCACCCACAAACUCAACUGCAGAGUCACUUUCCCAGAAAAAAUCAACUUCUCUGAGCUUCAGAGGGAAACGUUCUCUUCAGGCUUCACCCAGAAUGACUGCAGGUAUAUUUUAUAUGCUGUGGUCGUGCAUUCUGGCGGUGCAAUGUUUGGACAUUACACUGCUUAUGUCCGCCACAGAGUGAACCACCGCUGGUUUUAUGCAGAUGACAGCCGUGUUUCUCAUUCAUCUUGGGAAGAUGUGCAGAAAACUGAUGGAAGUUCCUACAGAGGGACUGCAUAUAUGCUAAUGUACAGAAAAGAUCCAAAAGAAGUCGACCAACUACCGGAUCUGUCCGGCUGAAGCAGUAGAAGAGGAAACGUAUGCAACAUAGGAAAUUAUAAAUUAUUCACAAAGGAUUUGUGGUGUUUUUAUUAUCUCUGGUGACAGAUUAUAUUUGUUAAAUGUUGUUAACCAUUUAAGGAAGCUUGUCAGGAUUGUAAACACACCAGCAUUUUAUGACAGAGGCCAGAAGAUGGCGCUCCAGCAUUAAAGUAUUAAAGUAUGGGCACGCAAUAAGACUCAUUUUGGUGUUUGAAGGGUUAAUAUGCAUUUUGAUAUUUUAUUUUCUGAUUAAAUACAUUUUAUUUAAAUUUCUUUUGAUCACACAAGCUUUAUUUUAUCCAGUAUUGUGAAAAUGAUUGAUAAUUAAACACUUUAAAGGUUAACAAGUUAUUGAAAAAGCAUAAAAACUGGUGCUUUUUCACCUUUUAGUAAUUUAUACCUGACUUUAUUGGGUGAAAAUAAAUAUUAGUCUGUCCCAGAUUUUAUUGUUGGAAAUCUCUGCUGCUUGAAAAUAACUGUAAUAUGCAGUAGAUUUGUAUUUUUUUGCUUUUCUCACUUUCGUGGUUCCUCAGGGAUCCAUGUUGGGUUCACUGCUUUACGUUUCUACAUGCUUUCUCAUCACUCUGUGAUUAAUAUUCAGAUCAAUUUACAGAAUUAAUGUUGCAAUAAAAAUCCAU